AUGUUGGCCCUUGGUGAAGUUGAGCAGCUUCAGAGCCGCUUCGGGGACUCCUUAUAUGUACAUCUGGUCAGUCGCACUGCUCCACACUCGACGCCGGAAGAGAUGGAUCGUAUGCUAGUAUGGGUUCUACAGCGCUUUCCCUCCGCUCGAGUGGAACCUGAGACAUAUCACGGUCAGUUGCGAUUCUCAAUCGCGGCGUCGGACGUGCUGCAAAAAUCUCAGCAGAGUCUUCAGGGCAGAGGCGCGAAUCAGAGUGGGGAGAACCGCCAACUGAGUGCGAUUGGGCAACUCAUCGUGAUGUUGGAGGAGAACAAGAAUAUUUUGGGCAUCGAGCAUCAAAGCGUCAGUCGGACCACGCUCAACGACGUGUUUCUCUCCAUUGUCGGGCAACAUGAUGUGCAGGAGGAAGGGUACGGAACGGCGGCGACUGAGAGUGGGAAGAAGAAGAUCAAUUGGCGAAAGGUUUUACUUGGGUUCUAG